AUGUGCAAAGACGAACCAUCAGAAGGCACAGCGGGCGACGGCGCGGCCUCGACGCGCGCCCAUCUCUCUAGUGCGAGCGGGUCCAGCGGAUGGAGCUCGAGACUACCUUCUCCGGAUCCUAUCAUUUCGGACCCAAUCGUGGCGCCCGGCCGGCGUAUUCCCCGAAGCCCUCUUGCUUCGCACGCUGAGAGCUUGAUGGAUAUGCAAAUCCCUCAGCCGUCGGCAUCACUUCAGGUUGGCAGGAAACGGGAAAUUGAUGAGGUAUUUGAGGAUAGCACGCCACCGUCUCCCGACAAGCUACAACGCGAGCUCGAUCAGCAGCAUCACGAGGCCAAGGAGGCCAUCAACGCCGAUCGUGGACCGGCGAUGAAUACUUCAGCGCCCUUAAACAGCCACACCCACUCCCAGGCCCAGGAACCAGACAGCAAGCGGCGCAAGACACUUGCCUACCGAGCCAAGCCUCCCAUUCGCAGUGCUAGCCCGCGUUCCGAGGAUGGCUCUGAGCAUGGCCGCGAGGAUGACAGCGGCCGCGAGAACACGGUCGAACGACUAGCCAGCCACAAAUCAAACUCUCCAAGCAACGGUUGA